AUGGCUCAAGAAGAAACCACCGCACCGGAGUCGCCGGCUCAGGCCCAACCCCAGCCACCCUCGACGCAGGCUGACCCGCAGUUGCCGGACCUUGCAGGACAGGAGCCUUUACAGGUCGGAAACGACGUUGAAGAUGACGGCUACGCUGCCUCUGAGGUAUCUGCCAGCGUUCUCUCCUCGCUCAACUCGAGUGUUUUCCACUACAAGUACGAGAACGGCCGUCGUUAUCAUGCGUUCCGGGAGGGUGCAUAUCUAGUGCCCAAUGACGAUGAAGAGCAGGACCGCAUGGACUUGGGACACCACAUUUAUAGUCUGCUCCUUGGAGGGGAACUUUAUCGCGCUCCUAUCGGAAAAAGCCCGCAGCGCGUCCUUGACCUGGGCACCGGCACUGGCAUCUGGGCCAUGGACUUUGCAGACCAGCACCCAUCCGCAGAGGUCGUCGGUACCGACUUGAGCCCCAUCCAGCCCAGGUGGACACCGCCCAACUGUACGUUCGAGGUCGAUGAUUUAGAGCAGGAUUGGGUCUAUCACAACAAGUUUGACUAUAUCCACGCCCGCGAGCUGGGAGGGUGCGUCGCCGAUGAUGAGAAGCUUUUCCGCCAAGCCUUUGAGCAUCUUGCCCCCGGUGGCUACUUUGAGAUGCAAGCUGUUUAUCCUCGCUUCCUAUCUGAUGAUGGCACGGCCGGGCUGGCAAAGGACGCCCAGUUUUGGAUGAAGAACAUCUGCGAGGGGGCCGUCAAGUUCGGUAAGCCCCUCGACUCAGCGCCCGGGUGGCUGGAGAAGAUGAAGACCGCUGGGUUCGUCGAUGUCAAGCAGGAGAUUCGCAAGUUUCCCAUGGGCGGUUGGGCGAAAGAUACGAAACUUAAGGAGAUUGGCAGGCAUGCACUCAUCCAGGAGCAGCAGGUCAUUGACUCGUAUACGCCUGGCAUUUUUUCCCGCGUGCUUGGAUGGGACGAGAAAGAGAUCCAGGUCCUGAUCGCAAAGGUGAAGAAUGACCUCAAGAAUCCUGCCAUCCACCUAUAUGUACCUUGUUAUCUCAUCUGGGGUAAGAAGCCGGAGGCAUGA